AUGACCUUCCCGACGGAAGGUCGAGGUGUGUGGGCGGCAAUGCUGUGUGCUGUCUUUACGAACCUUUUCUUGGUGCUCAGCAAGAUCAUGCAAGGUGACGGAUGGCCCUUCUUCUUUGUAGCCGGCUCUGCAGCUCUCUGUGUGGCCGCAGGCUUGGUUGUGUUCAUGAUUUGCCAGGACUCCUAUCACCUACAGCGCCGUGAGGUGAAGUGGGUCAUUCUGCGUGGUCUUUUUGGCUGCGCCAACAACGUGCUGAGCGUUUCAGCCAUACUCGCGGGCGCGCAUAUCGGCUCGGUGGGGGCCUUGUUAAGCGUGAACACCGUGGUGGCCGCCUUGCUGGGGCGAUUAGUCCUUGGAGAGGCACUGGGGAAGUUGCACAUCCUGGCAGUCUUCUUCUCUUUGGCAGGUGCCAUAUUGAUCUCAGAUCUGGAUCAGGUGAUCAACUUAGACUCCACGGCCAUGCUGGGGAACGCCUUGGCGCUGUCGGCGGGCGUUUGCCUGGGCUGUAUGUUCAUCAGCUCUCGGAAGUCGGGCUCCGCGUCCUCCACCAUGCUGACGGCCUCCGCGAUGGUGCAGCGCUGGGUGGUUUGCUGGGCCUUGGCCAUUCUUCCUGUGGUACCAGAUGGUCAUUUUGAACUCCUGUGGAGCUCGCCUGAGAAGACCUGGCAAAUAGAAAGCAAAGCUUUUUCAUUUGAAACCCGAAGAGAUGGGCCAUGUCUUGAAGAGUUGCAAGGGACUUGUACAUUCAUAGGAUUUGAAUAA